GGUCUGCGUGACGCGGAAGAGCGGAAGCAGCGAUGGAGAUGGAGCGGAGCGGACCAUGGAGCUCGUGUCCGGUCUGCUGAGCCGAGUCUGGCUGUUAGCGGGUCUCUCUGACGCGACGGAUGAUAAGAGAAGCAAGAAGAUGGAGGAAAAAGCGCUGGAGGUGUACGACGUGAUUCGGACGAUCCGUGACCCGGAGAAGCCCAACACUCUGGAGGAGCUGGACGUGGUGACGGAGAAGUGUGUGGAGGUCCAGGAGCUCGGAGACGACGAGUAUCUGAUCAUCAUCAAGUUCUCUCCAACCGUCCCGCACUGCUCUCUGGCCACUCUGAUAGGCCUGUGCUUACAAGUCAAGCUCCAGCGCUGCCUGCCCUUCAAACACAAGCUGGAGAUCUACAUAACCGAGGGAACGCACUCGACCGAGGAGGAUAUUAACAAGCAGAUCAAUGAUAAGGAGCGCGUGGCGGCUGCUAUGGAGAACCCCAACCUGCGGGAGAUCGUGGAGCAGUGCGUGACCGAACUGGACGACUGACCAAACGCCGCCGGGCUUCACUUCCCGUCCAACUUCCUGCCAAACAGGAAGCUAAAUGUUGCAUCACUCGCCCUGGAACUGAGGCACGGGCUUCGGUUUCUGUGCGUGCAGUGUUUCUAAAAAUACAAAAAAAGCAUCGAAACGACGCUGUUUGCGAUGCUUCCCAUCCGUCCCCAUUGACUUUGGCCGCGCGGAAGAGAGCAGCUUGGACAUUCUGCGUAGCGUCACGCGCUCGGAUUAGGAUGAGUUUAAUGUUUGGGCUUUAACUCCUUCAAAUCAAAUCAGAUAAUGAUGAGUUUGUAAAUAAUUCGAUUUUUGUAAGGUAAAAGUCUAUAUUUGUAGAACUUGAGAUUAUUAAUAAAAACGUCUCAGAGAA